AUGGUAAAUAUUAUCAAAAAUAAAUUUUGUUUCAAGAUAUUCAAAAAUAGUAUAAAUAAAUUAUUAUUAGUAGGAAUUUCUAGAUUUUUUAGUAAGUAGCUUUAAUAUAUAAUAUUUUUAUAAGAUUAGAGACAGACAGACAUCAUGUAAAAGAAAAAAUAUACAGCUAAGCUUUUAUAGCUAUUUUUUUUCUCUAAAGAGUAGAGCAAGCAAUCUCUACUACUCCCAUAGAUAGAAACAGGCUAUCCUACUAAAUAGCUAAAAUAAUCUAUUCUGGAUAUGAAAAAAACAGCAUUUGUGUAUUAGUUGCCAUACCUAUCUUCUAAUCAAAUUGGAAUAGAGAAGAGCGUUGUGGUUUUCUCUAAUAAAAUAGUUGAAAAUAAAUAUUAUGAUAGCGAAUAUGUUAAAUUUGAUACAUAUUUAAAUCCAAAAAUUACUAAAAUAUCAAAUCAAAAGCUAGAAGAUUUUGAGGAGUGUACUAGCACAUUUGGAAUUGAAAGUUAAGUUGAAAGACAUACUGAUAUUUUGAUAUAAUAUAUGGAUGAGGAAGGCAACAUGAAAGAGGAAGAAAUGAGUGGCUUCAAAAGUAGACUUUUUUAACAAGCGAUCGACCUUCAGUCAGGAAAACUUCCUAUAAAGUGGAAUAUUUCAAAAGGAAAAAAUAGAAUUAGUGAAAAAUAUUUAAACCUAUAAAAUGCUAAAUUAUUUUAAUCUGCACUAGAGUAGUAUAAUUAAGCUGUUAUAAAUUACCUUUCUAACACCCAAAUAGCUCCUGAAUAUUUUGAUAGAUCUUUGGAUUCUUUAAAUAUUCCUAAAGAAAUGAAUAAUAAAAGAUUCUCAAUUAAAGAUGAGACAUACGACAUCCACGAAAAGUAAUUUAUAGAAGAAAUUUAAGAAUUGUAAGAAGAACUUCUAGAAUUUGUAGAAUUGAAUAAAUUACCCAGAAUGAGAAUUGUCAAAUGA